AUGUUGGAGUUCAUCACCUACAAGAAGUUCAAAAAGAACCGUGACCAAAAAGUCAAAGCCAGAGAAGAAGCCAAAGACGGAGCCUCGCGCGCAGCUUCACAAUCGCCCACGCCCGGCCCACAGGGGCCCGUUCUUACAGACGAUGACGAACUGUUCUUCGAGCGCCUGACGGGCGAGGACGCCUUCUCCGACGAGGACGGCAAGCGGCCUCCCCUGCCUCCGCGCAGCAACACGCCCGUGUACACCUGGGAGAGUGACUGGGAGAGCGACUCGGAGAGUCCAGCUGUGGCUGCUGGCGGCAAGGGAAAGACAGUCGUGGGCCGCAAGGAGAGCGGCGAGGAAAAGAAGAAGAACAAUUUGCCCGACGGCGAGAAGAAGAAGAAGAAGAAGAAGAACGACAACAGCAACAGCACCUCUACCUCUACCACUACCCCCACCAACAACAAGAGCCGCUUCUCCUUUUGGGUUCGGCGGCCGACGGCGAAGAACGAGGGCGGUGCCGCUGGCGCUCUCGAGCCCGCCGUGGCGGUCAUCGCGCCCGACGAGGAGGAGCGCGAGAAGAAUGACAUCAGCCGUGUCCUCGAGGACCUGAACCUCUCGGCCCGCAACAACAAGACCUUCUCUCUGUCCAAGGACAGCCAGGAGCUCGUGUCCAAGUUCACCCUGGUGCUCAAGGACCUCGUCAACGGCGUCCCCACCGCGGGCCGCGAUCUGCAGCACCUGUUUGAGGACCACGACGGCACCCUGGCCAGGAACUUCGACAAGCUCCCUGGAAGCAUGAAGAAGCUGGUCACGAGCCUCCCCAACAAGCUGACGAGCAGCCUCGCGCCCGAGCUGCUGGCCGUUGCGGCCGAGACCCAGGGGCUCAAGACCCAGGGCGCGCCUGCUGGCUCCAUCAAGGGCCAGGCCAUGAAGCUGUUGACCCCCAAGAAUAUCAGCGAGUUGGUGACGAAGCCGAGUGCCAUUGUCGGCAUGUUGAAGGCCAUCAUGAACGCGCUCAAGGUGAGGUGGCCAGCCUUUAUCGGGACAAAUGUGAUCUGGAGCGUUGCGUUGUUCUUGUUGAUGUUUGUCUUGUGGUAUUGCCACAAGAGAGGCCGCGAGACCCGGCUCGAGAAGGAGAAGUCCGCCGCUGCGGAGAUGGAGGGCCGUGUCGAGGAGCUCUCGGAUGCUGACUCUGGCUUUGGCUCUGGACCCUUGCCCAUUGCCAUGGAGUCACGCGGGUCGCCUGCGCUCGUUGAGAGCCCUGUUGCCACCUCAAGCAAGUUGUGA